CAACUAUCAGUGAACCAAGCCAAAUGAAACUUGUAAACAAUGAGUGAAUAUAAACUUCAAGAUCUAUCCUAACAUUUUCUUAUACUUUUAAAUCAUCAUUCGUAAACACAAACAAGAAAAAAAAAAUGGCCCCGCCUUCCAAACAGGCAAAUAAGAUGCGUGCUGACGAUCCAGUGGCUCCUGGCCACAUGAUCCUCGUCAUCACGAACAUCUCCGUCUGGGCUGAGUACUUACUGAGCGAGCACCUCUUCCUGAGCAAUGUACUCAGUGCCGGGGUCAUCCAAGGCCUUGCGGAAGUGACGGCGCAGACGAUAGGUCAGAUCGAGGGCAACAAAGCUGAGUGGAGAUACGACUUCAAACGUUCUCGUCACUCUAUGCUGGUGGGGUGUGUCCUGGGUGGAUUCAGCCACUUCUGGUACAAACACCAUCGAUUACUACCUUCCGGGUCGGACUGUAGAUAUCGUUUUCAAGAAAACAGUCCUGGAUCAAAUCCUUAGGCUGCCAGUAUACGAACUGAUACACCU